AUGGAGGACACCCAAGAAGCUCUCCACAUCGUCGUGUUCCCAUGGCUGGCCUUCGGCCACAUGAUCCCAUUUCUGGAUCUCUCCAGGCGGCUGGCGCGGCGCGGCCACGCCGUUACCUUUGUCUCCACGCCGAGGAAUGCUGCCAGGCUAGGCGCAGUCCCGCCGGAGCUCGCAGCGCGUCUACGCGUCGUCAAGCUGGACCUGCCGGAGGUCGAGGGCCUGCCUGACGGAGCCGAGUCGACCGCCGACGUCCCGCCGGAGAAGGUCGAGCUCCUCAAGAAGGCGUUCGACGGUCUCGCCGUGCCGUUCGAGAGCCUUGUCACCAAGGGCUGUGUCAUCGCCGCCGCCGGUGAGGCGGCUGCGUUCUCGAGGAAGCCCGACUGGAUCAUCCUUGACUUCGCUCAAAACUGGAUUUGGCCAAUCGUUGAAGAGCACAAGAUCGCGUGCGCAAUGUUCCUCAUCUUCACGGCAGGCUUCUUGGCCUUCGUCGGUCCGAAGCAGCAGAACGAGGCGCAACCACGCACGACGACGGAGGACAUCAUGGUCCAGCCGCCGUGGAUACCGUUCCCCACCACCAUGUCCUUCCGCCGCCAUGAGGCGGAGUGGAUCGCCGCCGCGUUCCAGCCCAACGCCUCCGGCGUGUCCGACCUGGACCGCUUCUGGCAGGUGCAUCACCCGAGCUGCCGCCUCAUCGUCAUCCGCAGCUGCCCCGAGGCGGAGCCGCGUCUGUUCCCGCUCGUGACAGACCUCUUCGCCAAGCCCGCCGUGCCCGCGAGCCUCCUCCUGCCCGAGGACGAGGACGACGCCCGGGGCGGUGGUGACGGGUCCUUCUCUGACGCCAUGCAGUGGCUGGACGAGCAGCCCAAGAGGUCCGUCAUCUACGUGGCGCUCGGGAGCGAGGCGCCGGUGACGGCGGACCAGGUCCAUGAACUAGCGCUCGGGCUGGAGCUCUCCGGCGUGCGCUUCCUCUGGGCGGUCCGGCGGCCCGUUGGCCACUCCGGCGAGCUGCUUCCGGACGGGUUCGAGGCCCGCGUGGCCGGGCGCGGGGUGGUGCGCGCCGGGUGGGUGCCGCAGGUGCGCGUGCUGGCGCACACCGCGGUGGGCGCGUUCCUGACGCACUGCGGCUGGGGCUCCACCGUAGAGAGCCUCUUCCGGUUCGGGCUGCCGCUGGUGAUGCUGCCGUUCAUAACGGACCAGGGCCUCAUCGCGCGAGCCAUGGCUGCGAGAGGGGUCGGCGUCGAGGUGCCGAGGGACGACGCUGACGGAUCGUUCCGCAGGGACGACGUCGCGGCGGCGGUGCGGCGUGUGAUGGCGGAGGAAGAGGGCGAGGCGCUCGCGCGCAAUGCCAGAGAGAUGCAGAAGGUAGUCGGCGACAGGGCAAAUCAUGAGCAGUACGUGGAUGAGCUUGUGGACUAUUUGCGGCGCUACAAAUAA